UCUCAAUUGAAAUUAACAGGUGGCUCAACAUCAAAUUUGAUAUCCCAUCUUUCAAACAUCCAUGGCAUUACGAAGGAUGGACCCAAGUUAUCUGAACAUGAUGAUUCAAUUUUUUUGCGAGUUCGUGAAUUAGAUCCAAUGUUUAUUUUGCCCAGUGAAAAAAGAAUAAAACAAAUGAUUCAUACGUUAUAUAAUCAGUAUGCUGGAAAAGACAUAAUUUCUGAUUGGGGUCUUACAGGAAAG